AAGGUUCUUCAGGAGUCUACCAUCUGCAUGUCUAAGUAAGACCACCAAACUUUUUUUCUGUGACAAUUCUGCCCUCGACUUCAUAAUCCCUCUCUUAUUUAUAGAACCUCAGCUUUCAAGAUAGUAUCCAAACCAGAGAUUGCACCAUGGACGCUGUUCGUUCCGCGGCACUUUUAGCCCUCCUUCUACUGAACAUAAUAGAAACCGCAUACACAGACCCAUUCCUGGGUAUAAACUAUGGUCAAGUCGCAGACAAUCUCCCGGAACCAUCCGCCACCGCGAAGCUCAUAGGAACCACCGCAAUUGAGAAGGUCCGGCUAUUCGGGGUCGACCCAGCCAUCAUUAAGGCCUUUGCAAAUACCGGUAUAGGAAUCGUCAUCGCAACUUCAAACGGUGACAUCCCAGCUUUAGCUUCUGAUCCUAAUUUUGCCAAAACCUGGAUCAACACAAAUGUACUUCCCUUCUAUCCAGCCACCAAAAUCAUCCUCAUAAAUGUGGGUAACGAGGUUAUGAUCUUCGGGGACCAAGCUCUGGCCGCUAACCUUUUGCCGGCCAUGCAAAACAUCCAGAAUGCCCUCAAUUCUGUCUCCUUAGGUGGGAAAAUUAAGGUUUCCACCGUUCAUCCUAUGACUUUGCUUGCACAAUCUGAACCGCCGUCGUCAGGAGUCUUUGAUGCGAAAUAUGUAGACGUUUUGAAAGGAUUGCUUGAGUUUAAUAAUGCCACUGGUUCGCCUUUUGCCAUCAAUCCAUACCCGUACUUCGCUUACAGGAGUGAUACUAGACCUGAGACGCUGGCUUUUUGUUUGUUUCAGCCCAAUAAAGGCCGAUUUGAUUCAAACACCAAGAUUAAUUACAUGAACAUGUUUGAUGCCCAGGUAGAUGCAGUUCGUUCUGCGUUGAACGCCCUGGGUUUUAAGAAUGUUGAGAUCGUGGUUGCUGAGACUGGAUGGCCGUCGAAAGGAGACGGCGAUGAAGCAGGGGCAAGUGUUGAGAAUGCCAAGGCUUAUAACGGUGGUUUGAUUGCACAUCUCCGAUCUAAGGUGGGGACUCCAUUGAUGCCUGGGAAAUCAGUGGAUACUUAUUUAUUCGCAAUGUAUGAUGAGAACCUGAAACCAGGGCCACUUUCUGAGAAAUCAUUUGGACUGUUCAAGCCUGAUCUCACCAUGGCUUAUGAUGUUGGCCUUGCAAAGGCCGGUCGCCAGAGCCCAAAAUCUCCAGCAAAUAGCACCAAAAAUGCAGCAACGUGGUGUGUGCCCAAGGAUGGAAUACCUGAUGACAAAUUGCAGUCGAAUCUUGAUUUUGCCUGUGGACAAGGGAUUGACUGUAAAGAGAUUGGACCAGGCGGUGCUUGCUUCGAGCCUAACACAGUCACAUCACAUGCUGCAUAUGCCAUGAAUCUCUUCUAUCAAAAAUCCCAAAAGACUCCAUCCAGCUGUGACUUCGCACAAACAGCCAUCCUUUCGUCAAAAAAUCCAAGCUAUGGUGGCUGCACUUAUCCUGGCAGUUCCUGAAGACAGAGGACCUCUGUUCUGUUGAUUGGUUGGUUGCGGGCAAAUGUCUUGUAUUUGUUUGCACUUGUAAUAUAAAUUUUCAGUGGAGUGUAUGAGAUAGAUAAACAUGUAUUUAUUUAUUGGCAUGUAAUUUAAGAUUUUGGGUGGAAUGGAUGAAAAUGGGAUGGUUUGUUUAA